CGAAACGUGUCUUUUCCCCCGCCUCCAUUAUUUGCUGGCCGUCCAUGUCGUUCCCCGUCGCCAGCACUUAUAUUUCCCACCUUCAAGCAAUAUCACCCUCUCUUUUCUUCGCUGUUCCCCUUGCAGCCGUUGUCCUCUUCUUCUUCGCAAUAUCACGUUCCCUUGCGCACAACAGGCGUCGUGCCUCCUCCUCUAUCCAUGUCUACACCAGCCGACAGAAACGACGCGUCGCACUUGCGUUCCUAGUCGUAUUCUCUCUGGCGCUCCUCGCCAUCUUGGCAGGCUCCAUCUCCUUCUUUCGCGAUCGAACGCCCUCUCUACCUGUUUCCGUACUGUAUGCGUUCGUGUCUUCCACUCUUUAUCUCGAGCUGAUGGGCGCGAUUCUGUACUUAUUUUCUGUGGUCACAAAUCUCCGUUCGGCCCAUCCGGUUUUUUUUGUCCCCUAUUGUAUUAUUUUUGCCAUACUUCUAAUGUCUGGUGGGUGGUCCCCAGUGCAAUCGACCGCGGGUGCUGAUGAUCAUGUUGAAGCUACCUUGACCUCGAUCGUCGGCUCGUUCAAGCCCGUCCCACUUCUAAUCGCUCCCGUUUUGUAUCUCGUCGCGAUCAUUCUCGCCGUUCCCAUCCUGGUGCUGGGGCACCUAUCCGGUCUCAACAUUUCUGGAGCAUGUUUGGCACCACAGAUUGUCCUGUCAUCACCAUCUUCAUAUCCGCGAUCGUCGUCGGAGAAACCUCGAAUAUUCGCUGACAUUCCCCUGAAGUCGAGACUUUGGCUCUUUCAUCGCCUGCUCCUCGUAGCAUUUCGGAUUGUGGGCAAUGCAUUUUUGGUGUUAUGGACAAUCUGCACUAUCGCCGCAUUCUUUCAGUUUUUCCUACUCGUGCACCACUCUUCGAGAUCUACGGAAUCGUCCAUUCACACCUCAACGAUGCUCACAACGGCAUCAGAAGCAACUGCGUUCAUACCAACCCCACCGCGUGGUCAUCAGGCCAAGUCGGGAUCCCGUUCAUCCUCUUUUUCGUCGCCACGGCCCCAGCGGAAGCCCAUACCAAGCGCCCAACUCUUUCGCUCAAUCAGUCCCGGAACAGAGGACUGUCAGAAUCUAAAAGACCCUUUUGCGACCCCACCUUCGUCGAUCCGAAUCAGCCACGUUCCCAGCUCUGAGGAGGGACAUCGUCCCACACGGCUGAGUGCCUGGGGAUCUCUCCCGUUGACGCCGCCGAUUGCGCUGCCCAGAACAAGAACACGUGUCCGCGUCCCACCCAAGUUCUCUGGGCGACGUCCGCUGCAGCCUUCCAAAUCGGACCGAGCGUUGUUCAGCAGCUCGCCACCGGCAGACGGCUACGACUCGGCGAUUGACGUCGAGGAAGCUCUACUCGCCCAACAAUUGCUGAGGCGAUUGGACGCAGCCGGUGCUGGCACUGGCCCGAAGACGCGACAAUUCUAGGGAUUUUAAUUGGGAAUAAUUUUGCUUGUUUCACUGUAGCUCGUAUGUACUACUGUAUGUUGUACGUUUACCACCUUGUAGUCAAUAAUUUGAAAACACUCGCAUUAGCGUUUAGAACAUAGAUAUCAACUUUUUCACAUUGAGAUUGUACGAUACACGAGUUACAAGCCGGGAGCACCAAAAUGACUCUGCGCAUUGGCCCAGAUCGAGUUGAGCACAAACGCCUCGCUCAAAAGCAUCUCGAUCUCAUGGUCUCCCCAGGUUUGGGUCGGCAGCGACUGCAAGAACAUGAUGAUGCCCUGGAAGUCCAUCUGGCGCAGUUUCUCACUCCACUUGACAAGGAAGGCCGAGCAGACAUAGAGGUGGAACUGCGAGAAAGCAUCCGGUCCUUCUGCCUAGUCCACCAUUAGACCAUAGCCGCGUGUCAAAGCACCGGAACUGACCAAGUAAGUGUCCCACAUCCUAACCGUGUUCCGCACGCUGAUCUCGCGCAUUAGAAGACAAUUCAUCCACCGGAAGGCAAAUUGCAUGAAUUCCACUCCUUCCGUUGCCAAGUGCGUCGAGAGGGGCGCAUCAAUUCGAGCGACAAGCUCUGACAUGCGUCGAACACUACGUUGGAUGCCGGGCUGGGCACUGAUGUAGUUGUCUUGGAUGCCAUCCAGAAGCCUGCUGAGACACCAAAAUGCAUCCGCCUCCACAGCUUCCAAUGCGCUCUGGGGGAGGAUUGCUGGGUCAAACAGUUCCGGAUCUGAAUCAACAUAUGCGGAAAGAAACACCUGCACAAACGGUGUAACGAGAUCAUUGAUCCCCUGCACAUAACCGCUGGCAGGAUGUCGGAUCGCCCAAACGUAUAGCACCCGUUCCAGGAGACGUUGCGUGGCAGCAUGCAUCCAUAAACGCACCCCAGGACGUGUGCGCGGGACGUCGAUCUCAAUUUGAUGCCAUAUUUGCUGGUCUAGACCUUCUCGAUUGCGCGCGAACGCGACUUCGACAAGAGAUUGAUAUUCUGAACGCUUCCGGGCCAAAGUAACUGCGCGUAGCGGGGUGGGGAGAGGGAGAUAGCCCAGCAAGAGUUGCCAGGCCAUAGGUCGGAAG